GCUUCUCCGGGCUGUGGUGGGUGUGUGCUCAGGGCCUGGCUGGGCCUCUCGGCAGGGCAGAGCUGCAGGUGACAUCGGGCUGAAGCCAGGCUGCAGUGACAGCUGUGCCAGGCUGCAUGAGGCCCGUGGGCCGCAGAUUGGACAUGCCUGACCCAGAGCAUCCCCCGAGUCCCCAGCCCACCGUGGCUCAGGAUUUCUCCCUGUUUUGCAGGUGCUGAGAGACAGGCAGCCAGACACAGCAGCUCCCAGUGCGAGCCACUGCACCCCUGCAGGAAGGCCGACCAGGAGCUCCAGCAGCUGGUCCUGUCAGGGCUGCCUGGGUGCAAGGCUGUGCUGGGCCCUGACUUCUGGCAAGCGGCCUGGAGGGACCUGGAAGAACUGAUGAAGCAGAACAGCCUGUCGUGCCACUGUUGCAGCUCCUCUGAGGGCCAGGUUGAGGCACAGGGGCAUCCCAGGAAGAGGCAGCAGCACCACCAGGGCCAGCCUGAGGAGUCAGCAAAGAUUCUUUUGCCUCUGUGCGCAGCACCUGAGGAGACAGAAUGUCCAGCAGCUAGAGCAGCACUUCCUGGCCCAGCCAAAGCAGCACGGCUAAACAACAGCAGCAGUCAAACGGGCACCUCAGACCUGGAUGUGGCUGACAUUAAAGCUACCAGGGCAGUGCCAAAACUGCAGGUCAAUCAGGUGACUUGCGGGAAGCUCUCCAUGCACACAGACAGAAAAUGCCUGGACCUAAAGUUUCAACUCUCCCUUGUGACAGUGCAGAAGUCCACAGAACCUCUGCAACACUUACCGCCAACACAGGAUGCCCCGCUCUCCACACCCAAGACGAAGUGCCCCCUCCAUCCUGACCAGGUCAGGAGGCAGCAGUGUAGGGCCAAGGCACCAGGAUCCUGCCUGGUGCCCACGUACUUCCACAGCUGUGAGGCUCCGUUCCUGACCGAGGAGGAGCGUGAGACCCUGGAGCUGCACAUCCGCUCUCUGAAGCUGAAGCACCUUGGCCUCAUUUCAGGCCAUCCGCUGCAGCCAGCAGUGUCCUGGGAGAAACAGUCCACCAGCACAUAUGUGACUGCACCAUCUGGGGCAGACUGGAUUAAGGCAGGCCCCAAAAGAGACAAGUGGUGUCCCUGGUAGAAGAAGUGCCCUAGGAGAAGCAAGAGCAGCUGGAGCACCAAAGCAGAAGGCAGCAGCUCUCCACCUGGCAGUGUAACGUUCUGUGGAGCACAAAAGAGUAUCACCACCUGACGCAGCUCAUCAUCACAGCCCUGCAGUGACCCUGUCUGUGGCUCCAAGAAAUCGUGCCACUCGCACCGUGCCCAGGAUGCUGCUGCCAUACCCACUGACAAGAAGGUCUACGUAGUCUGGGCGAAGAUGUGCUCAAUGCCCUAAAUGUCUGUCUCUAAGCCCAUCCAUCUUGCUUGUAAGGAGAGGAAGGGCCAGGCUCAGCAGCUCUUCUCUUUAAAAAAAUCUGUAUUUUUUUAAAUAAAUAAGCUUAUUUACUUGUGCCACCAAGAUGCGAGCUGUGCCCUUUUCACCUGCCAGCACUAGUCACCCACACUGCUCCUCCCCAGAGCUGCUCUGGGGGCCCAGCCAGGAGGCUGCUGUCCUAGAGGCUGAGCAGUGCUGAGACAAAUUUGAAUCACAGAUCAUAGAAUCACAAGGUUGGAAGGGACCUACAAGAUCACCUAGUCCAACCGUCCUCCCAAGACCAUUGCUACCAUAAGCUACUAAACCAUACCUCGUAGCUCCUCAUCCAGGCGCCUCUUGAACACUGCCAGGGACGGCGACUCCACCACUUCCCUGGGCAGCCAUUCCUGUGCCUGACCACUCACUCAGAGAAAAAGCUUUUCCUUAUGUCUAAUCUAAAUCUCCUCUGGUACCCCAUUUUUAAAAACGGUAAAAAGAAUGACUCCAUGUACUACCAAUAUGUCAGUCUCACCUCUGUGCCAAGGAAGAUGGUGGAACAGAUCCUCCUGGAUGGCAUGCUUAAGCCACAUGGAAGGCAGUGAGUUUAUAUGGGAGAACCACCAUGGCCUCACCAAGGGCAAAUCCUGCUUGACCAACCUGGUGGCCAACUUGUUGUCAAUUCCUCGGGUCGUGUUAGUUACCUGGGAGAAGAGGCCAAACCCCUCCUCAUCACAGCCUCCCUUCAGGAAUUUGUAGCCUACAAUGAGGUCUCCCCUGAGCCUCCUCUUCUACAGUCUACACAAUCCCAGCUCCCUCAGCCGCUCCUCAUAAGACUUGUGCUCACCAGUUUCAUUUCCACGUUCCAGAGCCUUCAUAUCUUUCUUGUAUUGAAGUUCCCAAAACUGAACACAGAACUCAAGAUGCGGCUUCACCAGUGCUGAGCACAGGCUGAUCAUUACCUCCCUACUCCUGCUGACCUCAGUAUUUCUAACGCAGGCCAGGAUGGCACUGGGCCUCUUGGC